UCACCAAAAUCAGUUUCAAACGAAUCAAUGAGCCUUCGACACCUGUACCUCCGAGCUGCAUCAUUCUGGAUACUGCUUGACUUUACAGAUGGUUUCUGUCAGAAUGCUCCAGUGCGAUUGCCGGCAACCCUUGUGAUGGAGAAGUCCUUUUGGUCCUUUUUCUCUACAUUUACGAUGAAUCGUUUCGCAUUCAGCAUGCAGCAAGGCAGUUGCAAGGCUGUAGAGAACCAUUGCCUUGAACGACCACUGACAGCUGUGGAAUGUGCAGCUGAAUGCGAGGAGCACGGUGAUUGCGUUGCAUUCGAUAGGCCCAAUGUCUUCGGCAAAGCAGGGUGUUGUUGGUACCCGGGUGGUCAGGCUGUUGUUGCAGAUGGAUCGGUGGGGAAAAAGUGCUUCAUGCGGUCAAAGUCAGAUGGUGAACAGAACUUGUACUUUGGUGAAGUUUGGCGUCAACCUGCUUUCUUCAGCACAGCCCACCUAUCCACACAAGCUGAUGAAGGUGCAGCCGUAGCUGUCAUGGACAUAUGCUUGCCAUUGUCACACUGUAGCUUUCGCAUCUUCAAUUGCGAUGGGAAACCGCUUUAUGCCUUGGAAGCCAAAAUGUUGCCUUCCCUAAGCAGUCCUUUGGAACUGAUCUGGUCGUAUGAGAUCAGAAACUCCAGUGGAGAGUACAUCGGAAGAACAUCAGAGCUUCAAAGCGGGUAUCAGCCGAUUGAGCUGUACGAUGCGAAAGGCCGCAAUGUUGCAACGCUGUCUACUGUUUGGACAUUUUGGUCAGCAAUAAGCACUGGAAACUGGUACAUCAACAACGAGUUUCCAAGUCUGGAUCUUUCUGUAACACCGGUGCUUGAUGCGAGACUUGUCACAUUCGUAGCUGCGCACCAAUUUGCCACGCAGGGUUGGUUCGGCCCAUUCUGGACUGGUAUCAUUUGGUGUCUUGCUCUUUUCAUAAUAGGCAUAGCACUGAAGCGCAUCGCAUUGCCUUGGUUUCAAUGGCAGUACGAGCCAAUGUUUGAGAGAGACGCAAGAGGUGUGUGGUGCACUUCGGAGGAAACUAUCGAGGAGCCGAAACAGAGAGCUUAUCGGGUUUGUUGAGAGUUCUAGACCCUUCUAGGGUAGCAUUAAACUAUAUUCUUGUGAUUUCUUGUGAUUAAUGUACUUGUUUGAUCUUGGUUGGACUGCAGUUGUUUCAACAAAUGCGAUUCCAGUGUGCAUUGACAUUGACUGUGACUAAGUAAGAGUCAUCAGGUUUCACCCUUGAACAGAAAAAGUAAGCGCACCUCCGCAUGCACCACCAGUGUGCAGAAAUCACAAAUCUUCUCCGGUAGCAUGUGAGAACAGAUCGGUGUACUUCUCCAGGAUCAAAAGAACCGAAAAGAACCGAAAAGAAUUAUAGCAAAAGAAGUAACUGUUUUUCAAACGCUUUUUUCCCGCUUCAAUUCCAAGGUGCAUAGGUGCAAGGCGGCCAAAGAUUUUUGUACUCACAGGAGCAGCCAAGCUGCGGCACGUAGUGUGAGUCCAGCUGCGCAAAUCUGCGUGACAGAGUUUGCCUGAAAAGUGCUGCCCGCGGCCCUCUG